AAUUCACUUUUGACAUAUAUAGUCAUUGAGGAGACAAACUUUCUUCCUCUCAUCGACUGAAGAAUGCCAUGGCCAGAUCUCAACACUGACCACGACCAGGACCAGGCCUCCUUCCUCUCCCCUUGGCUUCACUGUUCUUUGGAUUUGGAGCUCAAGUUUUGGCUUUCUGAGUAUUGGACUUCCUUAUCUUCUCAAUCUCACCCGCAGGUUUUGUAAUCAAUAUUUUUAUUUUUAGGUUUUUUGUGUUUUUAGUCACUAAGAGGUAUUUUCGGUGGACACAAGAACAUGGGGCUUCAUUUUGGAAGGGAAAGGAAGAUACGAAGUUAGGGUUUUGCAUUUCUGGAGUAGCAAAACCCAUUGUUUGCUCCAUUCGCUCCAACGGUUCUGGAUUACCCUCCAACGGUUCUCGUAUCAGCCCCAUUGUUCGCAACUCCGUCGCCAGAGAUACGAAGGGAGCUGAAGCAUAGCGCAGAGCCUACUACUACUGUCGAUCUGCUGUCAGUGAUCCGAGUUCAUUGUUCCAAUAGGUAGAAGGACGUUGCAGCCACCGUCUACGAAGACAACGCAGAUCUUCCGCCGGAAAGUGACAAACCAUGAGUGGAAGCCUUGGAAGGCUAGCGAGCUCCAGUAGCUGCAAAAGCAGCAAACAGAGCUUAAUUAUUUCCUCUACUGCUUACUCUACUUUUGCUGGUGGAGGUGGUAGAGGCCGAGGUGGGGGCCGAGGCUCUGGUUCAGGCUCCUCUGGUCCUCCUGAACCUUCUCCAUUUGCUGCUCAAACCCCUGGUAAACCGGACACUAAUGCUGAAGCUGAUGAUGAUUUCUUUCCUUCCGGACUUGGUCAUGGCAGAGGUAGACCCAUCCCUUCCACCCCAAUUCUUCCUUCAUUCUCUUCAUGGAUGUCUGCAGCAAGUCCUCCUGCUGGUCGUGGAAUUGUCCGAACUGCCCAACCACAAUCUGAUCCACGCCCAACUGAGUCUGAAGGCUUUCAGCCCAAGAAACCCAUUUUUUUCAGCCGGCAAGAUACUCAGAAACCCCAAUCCAGUGAUUCUGUUCUAAAGCUGGAUGAGGAUAUCCUUCCGUCAAGUCUCUUGUCAGGGUUACCUGGUGCUGGACGUGGAAAACCACCUAAACCAUCACCGAACCCUAAUGAGAGGACUGGUACUGAAGAAAACCGACACAUUCGAUCAAGAAGAGGAGGUGCUGUCAGCGUGCACGAUAGGACUUCUCCAAGCCCGCCAAGGUUGAGCAGGGAAGAGGCAGUUAAAAAGGCAGUUGGAAUUUUGUCUCGAGGUAGAGGAGAUGGGAUGGAGGAAGGUGGGAGGGGCAGAGGGUUAAGAGGACGUGGUGGUCGGGGACGAGGAGGAAGGGGAGUGCAAGGCUGGAGGGGAAGAGGUGGAAGAAGUGGUGGUCGUUUCCGUGAUGCAGAGGAGGACUAUGCUACUGGUCUUUUCUUAGGUGACAAUGCUGAUGGAGAGAGGCUGGCUAAGAGACUAGGGCCAGAGAACAUGGAUAAAUUGGCCGAAUCAUUUGAACAGAUGAGUUAUGACGUUCUCCCUUCACCAAUGGAUGAUGCUUAUCUGGAUGCUCUCCACACUAAUUAUUUGAUAGAGUUUGAGCCAGAGUACCUGAUGGGAGAGUUUGAUACAAAUCCUGACAUAGACGAAAAGCCUCCAAUUCCUCUUCGAGGUGCACUUGAAAAGGUGAAACCAUUCUUGAUGGCUUAUGAGGGAAUUCAAAGUCAAGAAGAGUGGGAGGAAAUCAUGAAAGAAACAAUGGAGAAGGUACCAUAUAUGAAAGAGUUGAUUGAUUAUUACAGUGGGCCUGAUAGAGUGACUGCAAAGCAACAAGAAGAGGAGUUGGAAAGAGUUGCAAAGACCCUUCCUGAUAACAUACCUUCGUCUGUAAAGCGAUUCACUGAUCGUGCUGUUCUUUCACUUCAGAGCAACCCAGGAUGGGGUUUCGACAAGAAAUGCCAAUUCAUGGAUAAGCUUGUGUGGGAAGUUUCUCAGCAAUACAAGUAGAAUGGAGCUUGGCUACAGCAGACUCUUAUUUAUUUGACCGAUAAGCAUGCAAGUUUGAUGGGCCCAUAAGAUUUUCAGUGGAGGAACUCUUCAUUUAUUCAUCCAAUUAAUAAAAGAUUGGGCAAGAGAUGGCUACCUGGUGGCUUGGCCUUGCACCAACACGGAAUGCAUUCUGGAGCAUAAAUAUGGAUGAGAUUCUUGAUUCCAUAUGGGCAGGUGAUAAUUUCGCGGGCUCCUGUGUCUGGGCUCAGGAACUAGGCGACCUGGUAGCGUUCUUUUUACCUAUUGGAUUUGUCAUUCUAGAAUACAAAUCCGAGUUUGUUCAAGUUCUCUGCAGGGUAUUCAAUGCAGUACGAGGGAUUUUGACCUCCCAAAAAUGAGUUUUCACUACCAACAGAAUUCUGUAUGUUUGUGUGUUUUGACCAGCAAUGGAAGUUGGAAAAUUUUAUUGAGACGAA